AAAAUAAUGGGGAUUGGACAAAAUCGGGACGUCCCUGGGGUACAAUGUGCAAAAUCGGGACGCCUUCUGAACGUGCCGCGUUGCGACGACGCACACACCCAAUACCGCACGAAAUCGCGCCACAGCGCCUCCACCCGCCGCGCACAAGGCGCGCCGACCCUCUCCAACCCUUUUUUCCCUGCUCAACAACCUAAAACAGUGUAGACGCAGCCGCGCACAAAGCCCUCUCCGCAGACCAUCCGAUUUUGUCCCAAAACCUGUAAGGUCGACCCCUACCCCGAGCAAAAAAAACAUUAUCUCCGACCCUAUUUUGUCCAUCUGACUACUCCUUUUUGUUCAGCACAGCCGGUUUCGUGGGGAGAUUGAACGCGGCCAUCUCCCCGCAGCACCAC